UUCUUGGCCUUGGCGUCUUUCAAGGCCUUCAAAGGGUUCGUUCACAUUAUGUCAUUCUAUUUCUAUACGCGGCCAGCGAAGUCUCCUCGUAUUCCAACAGUUACACCUAGGGAUGUUUCAGUUAUCGUUUCCACUGUUGGGUCAUUUGAGGCAGACUUUCAAAUGACUGUGCAGUCGAUUCUGUUGAAUCAACCAAGAGAAUUGAUUAUUGCAACGGUCGGUGUCGAUAAAGCUAAGAAGGCUCAAGAAGCAAUUCAAGACCUACCUCGAGCACUUGUCGGAAGCACUAUCAUUACUGUCGACCUGACAAUGGCUCCCAAUAAACGCUCCCAAUUCAUCUCAGCUGUCGGUGAAGCUAGCGGCGAUAUCAUUUGCUACGCAGACGACCACGUCUUGUGGCCAACCACCUUCUUGAAAAGUGCGCUUGCUCCUUUUGAAGACGCUCAUGUUGGCAUGGUUGGAACUGUAAAAGCCGUUGAGCGUGUUCGCACGGACCCUUGGGUUUCUUUCUUGAAUUAUGUUGGUUGCAUCUAUCUUGAGCGCCACAACUUCGAAUGUACCGCGACCUACAACAUUGAUGGCGGUGUCUUUGUCAUCUCCGGUCGCACAGGUCUCAUCCGCAAGCAAAUUGUCGAAUCCCGCGAUUUCCGUAAAGGUUUCUUGAACGAAAAAUUCAAGUUCCUCCUUUUCAAGAGCGAUUUGAUGAAGCCAGAUGACGAUAACUUCAUGACUCGCUACUGUGUUAAGAAUGAAUGGAAGACCGUCUUCCAUAAUCAUCCCGACGCUUGUGUCGGCACUACCCUCGGCGUUGACAAAGAUGCUUCUGGUAGCCGUAAGACGAAGUUCUUGGGACAGCUCGUUCGUUGGGCUCGUACUACAUGGCGCUCGAAUCUCGUUUCCUUGUUUGUUGACCGCUCUUGCUGGCGUGCAUACCCUUGGACUACGUAUGCUAUGUUCAUUUCGUCAUUCAUCAACUUGGCCAUCAUUUACGAUCCGCUCAUGCUUGUCUUCCUCUACCUUUCUCGACCUCAAACAAGCCAUUUCUGGGGUGCGGUUGUAAUUCUCUUCCUGAGCAAGUGUGUCAAGCCCAUUCAAUUCAUGUGGAAACAUCCGAGGGAUCUUGUAUGGCUUUUUUGGGGAAUUCUCUUUGGAUAUCUCCACAGUUUGAUCAGAUUGUAUGCAUUGUUUACGAUUACGAAUGUGGAGUGGUCUGGAAGGCAACUGAAUAGC